UGAACCGGUUUCAUCCUGUUUUUUAAUGUAAUGAUCUUUAUGAACAGACAGUUUACUAACUAGAGAGUUAGUAGUGGACAUUUAUUAAAGGUUCUAUGAAGCGGAGGUUCGUCUGCAGCCGUUUAGCUCAAACGUUAGCCCGGAAGUAGAGACUCUACGCCCGUUGGGUUGACAGGAUGUUUCUCUCUUUGUGUUGUAUAAACAUAUUACAUAUUAUAUAUGUUGUAGUUUACUUUUCACCAAACGGUUAACAACUCGAACCGGAACAGAGUUAAUCAGCUGAAGGCCGUCUGUAGAUGAACCUCCUUCCUCCCUCCCCCUCCAUCUGUAGAUGAACCUGUGACCUCUGACCUCCGUUGAAGACAUCAUGGCGUCUCCCAGCAGCUCGUCUCUGCUCGGCUUCAAGCGUCUGUCUGUCCGUCUGGUGGACUGUCUGAAGACACCAGCCGACCCCGGACCUGCUGACCCCGGACCAGCUGUGAGGCCGGAGCCGGCAGGCUCCUCAGUCGACUCCUCUGCCCUCGCUCUGAGGGGUCUCUCCCUCCGCCUGGUGGACUGCAUGACACUUCCAGGACUCAGGCAGCUGGUCCACGGGGCAGCGGAGCAGAGUCACGUCGGCAUCAAGGUGGAGGUCAAGGAGGAGGUGGUCGACUACUUUGAGAACCCGGAGCUGGGCCGGUACGCGGACUGGUGCAAAAGCGACACCGGCGCGCCGAUCAACCUGUUUAAAGUGGAAGUGGAGGACUCUGAAGACCCCGGCUGGGGGGGAACCAGAACCAAAGGAACAGAUGAACUGCAGCAGAGUCGCGUGGCCUCAGAGGGGACCCUGUUAGUGUUCCAGGAGGACGGCGGCGGCGCCUCGGACCAGGUGGCGUGGCUCAUACAGGACUACCAACUAUCAGAGUCCCUCAGAGACGCCACGCUCGGGGAUCCGGAGGAACGUCGGCAGGAAGCAGAAUCACAAAACGUCUCCACACCGAAGGAACGGGAAGCUGAAGCUGUAGAAGCCUCCGAGCCGGGAGGUGGAGCGGGGAACAAACAGGAAGCUGCAUCCGAACGCCGACGUCUCCCCUGUGAGGAUUGUGGGAAAUCCUUCGCAAAGAGGAGCAACCUCACCAGACACCGGUCGCACCACUGCGGCGCCAAAAGAGCGGAGAAGAACCAGAAGGAAGCAGCAUCCGAACGCCGACAUCUCCCCUGCGAGGAUUGUGGGAGAUCCUUCUCGAAGAGGAGCCACCUCACCAGACACCAGCUGCACCACUGCGGCGCGGCGACAUGUACAGCGAGCCAGCCAGAGUCGGAACAGGCGGAGCAGGAGACGUAUUCGUGCAACGAGUGCGGCCUGACUUUCCGCACUGAGCGCCACUUGCGGCUGCAUGUGCGCCGCGAGCACCACGACGGUAGAGAAACAUCCGAGGAGGCUCCGCGAGAGAGACGGCACGCCUGCGAGCAGUGCGACAAGAGCUUCUACUUGCUGCACACCCUCCGGCAGCACCUCCUCACCCACACGGGGGAGAGGUGUCACAGCUGCGAGGUUUGCGGAAAGCAGUUCGGGAGGGAGGGCACUCUGAAGCUGCACCAGCUCACCCACACGGGGGAGAAAGCGUUCACAUGCGAGCAGUGUGGCAAGAGCUGCGCCAGGAAGGGGGACCUCAAAAUCCACAUGCUCAGCCACUCCGAGGAGAGACCGCACGGAUGCAGCCGCUGCGCCAAAAGCUUCAAGCACCUGGCGAAACUGAAGCAGCACGAGCGGGUUCACACGGGCGAGAAGCCGUACCAGUGCGAGCUGUGCCCGAAGCGUUUCAGGGUCCAGAUGUCCCUGGCGGCGCACCUGUACACCCACUCGGGGGAGAAACCCUUCAAGUGCAACAUGUGCCCCAAGGCCUUCAGCGGCAGGAACAACUUGAAGAAGCACAAGAUGAUACACACGGGAGAGAAACCGUACCGCUGCUCAUACUGCGCCAAGGGCUGCCGGCUCCUGCAGCACCUGCUCGUCCACGAGCGCAGCCACACGGGCGAGAGGCCGUACACGUGCGACACCUGCGGGAAGGGUUACACCAACCACUCGGCUUUGAAAACGCACCGGUCCACGCACGAGGAGAAACCGCCGAGCCGGGACAUCGCAGAGCCCGCGGUGCCGGCAGAUCCCGAGAAGCCGGAGAAACCGCACCGCUGCUCCCAGUGCAGAAAGUCCUUCACCCAGGCCGUGAGCCUGAAGAAACACUGGCUGAUCCACUCGGGGGAGAAACCGUAUGACUGUAAAGAGUGCGGGAAGCAGUUCAACGACAAGAGCAACCUCGCCAAACACGCGCGCAUCCACACGGGCGAGAAGCCCUUUAAGUGUGAACACUGUCAGAAGGGCUUCAGGCUGCUGCAGCACCUCUCGAGCCACCGACUCACACACAACAAGAAACAGUAGAGACUGUGGAUCUCUGGUUCUGGUUCCCCCUGUCCACGUGCCCUCGGGCUAGACAUUCAACCUCUUGGUCUAAAAUCUAAAUAUGAAGCCACUACCAACAACAAAACAAAAUCCACCAACAAACGCCUCUAAAACUCAAACGUCCAGCAUACACUUUGUUUUUUUUGUAUAUUGAGAUAUAACGUGUUGGUAUUAGUGAGGUGGGGUGCCUGCGCAACAGCACCCAACCCCGCAACAGCCUGUUUGGGGGUUCAGGGUUUGUUUAAUCUUUUUGUUCUUGUGUAGAAUCAAGUGACUCAAUCAGUGAACCUUAAAUUGGUGAGCUUCAGGUGCUGAGAGGCAGAUUGGUUUGUUUUGGACAGAGCCAUGCCAGCUCAUCUUCUCCAGUCUUCAUGCUGAGCAAAUGGAUCCAAACAAUCAAACAACUAAAAUAAACUGUAUCUGUUAAUAUGGAUCAUCAAUGAAUUCAUGUCUGUUUUGUCAUUUCUCCUUUUGUUAUAUAUUUUUCAGUACAGAUUGACUCAAAACAAUCGGGAGAGUUUAACUUGUUUUACGUUUUAGAAAUUAUGAACAAAAAGAUGUUAAAAAGAUUAUUUCAUUAAGUCUUUAGAACUCUACACGAAAUGAAUAAUUUAACACCCAGAAAACUCUUUUUAGUGUUAUGAAUGUGUUUAAUUAAUGUUUGACAUUAUUGUCAUCUACCUGCUGCUGAUUGGCAAAUGAUGGAAUAUAUAUUUAUGAAAAUUAUUCACGUUUCAUCCUCAUCU